CGAAAGAGGAGUUGGAAGGUUGCAGUCACUCGUCCCGGCAGCCACAUCCACUGCUCUCCUCKUCCCCUCUCCUCACCUCCGACCCUCCUCUCCACUCACCUGCUGAACAUCCUUCAUUCAUCUUGACCACUGAACAAGACCUGUCCUCCRUCUUCCCACCCAAAAUCUGACUCUAUUAUGGACACCACAAGGAAUGCCUUCACUUUCUCUAAGUCCUUGCAUCGCCUGCUUGUUAUAGUGUUGGUAGUGGGCCAAUGUCACUCAAUGCCAGUGCCAACUGACGUCCCCAUGUGCACAGCCUCAGAAACAGCUCAGUACAGCCUAACCUUUACAGGAAAAUGGACACAAGCAGCAUUCCCUAAGCAGUACCCAGUCUACCGUCCACCUGCGCAGUGGUCAAACCUUAUUGGGGURACCCACAGCUCUGACUACCACAUGUGGCAAAGUAAUGACUUUGCCAGCAACGGAGUGAGGGACUUUGCGGAAAAGGGCGAGGCCUGGACUCUCAUGAAGGAAGUGGAGAUGGCMGGCGAACGCAUCCAGAGCGUUUAUGGGAUCCUCUCCGCUCCUGCUGUGAGAGGCACRGGCCAGAUGCACACUGAGUUUGAGGUCUUCGCCAGGCACUCYUUUCUGUCAUUUAUGGUACGGAUCGUCCCGAGCCCAGACUGGUUUGUGGGCGUGGACAGUGUUGACCUGUGUGACGGCGACUACUGGAAAGAAAAAGUGACACUGGAGCUUUUCCCAUACGAUGCUGGAACUGACAGCGGGUUCACCUUCUCUUCUCCCAACUUUGAAACUAUCCCGCAGGACAGAGUCACUCAGAUUACUUCUUCCUUCCCGAGCCACCCGGCCAAUUCCUUUUUCUACCCCCGGCUGAAACACUUACCACCCAUUGCCAAGGUCACACURACAAAAAUAAAGAAAACAAAUCAAAUCAUCAGCCUUCCACUGGAGCCCACCCAAUCCAACCUUCUGCCAACAGGAAACGAAAUUGAAGACAAGCUCAUAAAUACCCCUCUGGACUGCGAGGUGUCAGUAUGGUCGCCCUGGGGUUUGUGCAAAGGCAAAUGUGGAGACUCAGGUGUGAAGCACCGUACCCGCUACGUCAUAAUGCACCCAGCCAACAACGGAGCAGCCUGCCCCCUGCUGGAGGAGGAGAGGAAGUGCUUCCCAGACAACUGUUUAUGACUAGGCCGGGACAGGAGGGAGAGGAAAGAGAGGAAGGAGAGAAGAAAGAAAAAAGACAAGAAGUCCAGGAAAGGGAGGAAGGGACAAAGACGAUCGAAAAACAGCAAAAGAUCUGCCGUAUAUUCACACCAGGCCUAAACUCGCCGAUCUGAUCACCAUUCUGUGAAAAUUAAUUCAGAUUUCUUUUGUAAACUGAGGUAUAUGUUACAUUGCUAAAGAGGUGAGAUGUUUGGCAAAACAUGUAUUUGACACUAAUUCAGUUUUGGCAGAUUAUAAAAUGAACAGAGACAAUGUUGAUUUAAACCAAACCAUGAAAUGAAAAUGAAUUGCACAGUAAUUCUGUAUAGUUUUACAUUUCUGAAGCUAAAACUAUUUUAAAUGCUACCAAAAACAAAGAAAUCAACCGAAAGUUAAAAUCUGUAGCUACACCUAAAAUUAAACAGGAUGGUUUUAAAGCAGCGUUGUUGAUGAGAAGUAAUGUUUACACCUUCACCGRUGUCACACAGUCUCCUCAACAAUGCUGCUUUCAAACCUAGUCGGCAGACAAAUUGGGGUAGAUUUCCUCAAGAAAAGGAAUAUAUUUAUUGACAGGAUUUUAACCUGUUUUGUACAGCAUACUGAUUUCAUAGUAAUAAUUUGUAUUCCUAUAUUUUACUGUGACAUACAUCUAACACAAGAGUAAGUUUUUUGUAUAAAAAGAAUAAAAUGUGAAAAAAAAUGUUGUGUAAGAGUUAAACUGUAGAUGUAUCAAAUAAAACUGUCACUUUGCUGA